UAAUAAUUAACAACUGUCUCCCCAGUGAACCUUGACCUUGCUAUCCCAGAAUUCUCUUUCUCUGUAUCAGGGUCGGUCUCACCAAGGAGUGUGAUCGGAGUGAGGGGACCCACACACAAGCGAGAGGAGACACGAAGAGCGAGCGAGACAAGGUGUGGAAUUUUUGAGAUCCAGCCAUGGCUCAGAAACCUGCGACAAUGCAGAUUGGCAUCGUAGGAUUUGGGCAUUUAGGACAAUUUCUUGUGGAGAGAAUUCAGAAGGAGGGACCAGACAUGGGACUUCGCUUGGCGUUUGUGUGGAACAGAAAUACAGAGAAGCUCAAAGAUUCAGUACCUGAAGAACUCAUUCUCCAUAGCUUACCAGAGUUUCCACAAAGGGGAGCUGAUGUGAUUGUGGAAGUAUGUCAUCCUCAGAUUGUCAAGGAAUUUGGGGCCCAGUUCCUUUCAAAAUCUCAUUUCCUGGUGGGAAGCCCCUCAGCCCUGUCAGACCCUCACCUUGACCAGGAGCUGCGCCGUGCUGCAAAGCAUCAUGGGAGAACACUUUAUGUACCCAGUGGAGCAUUAUGGGGAGGGCAGGACAUACAGAAGCUAAACGACUGUGGAACUUUGACAGCCUUAACCGUCAGGAUGUCUAAGCAUCCAUCCUGUUUCCGUCUGUCAAAAGACCUCCUAAGUGAUUGGUCAGAGGGGGAAGGUAGGCGGGUCAUCGUCAGUGGUCCUGUUGCAGAGAUCUGUCCACUUGCCCCGAACAAUGUCAACACCAUGGCAGCGGCCGCUAUUGCCGGGUCAACACUGGGCUUCACCGGAGUCCGAGGCGAGCUUGUGUCAGACACAGCCCUCAGAGAUUAUCAUGUGGUGGAAGUAGAAGUGACCGGUGUGGACGGGUUCACUGUGAAAACAGUCAGGAGGAACCCGGCCAAAUUAGGAGCGGUGACUGGCAACGCCACCUAUAACUCUUUCUGGAGCAGUUUACUAGUUUGCAGAGGCCAUGGAGGUAGAGUCUACCUGUGCUGAGGUUACAAGCUUUGUUGAUACAUUCACCUUUUCAUUUGUUACUAACGCCUAUAUCUCUCAUCUGUCCAUGGUAAUGCACUUAGAGUAAUUAAAAGUGCUCAGUGUUACGAUGUUCAUACUAAUUCAGUGUGUUUGUUGAGUGCACUGCAAGACUGAUCAUGUGUAAAAGCUGAUAUUAAAAUUCCAACAAUAAAAAUAUAUGAAAUGGACAAAUCUUAAUGC